CCAGUUGUCUCGAUUCACUGAAUCGUUCCUCGUACUUUAUAAUCCGGGAGUUCUCGCUCGUCGUCACCAUUGCUACUACUCUACACGACGCGACAGGAGCGUGUGCGCAGUAAGCGUUUAUUUAUUCCGCGUCUGUUGACGUAGUGAACAUCCACUUUUCAAUGCGCACGGUGCGAUCAUAAUCGGAGUCGUCAUCAUGGCUCCUUCCAUCAUGGAUCCCGGCGAUGCCACGUCAGUACCGGAGACUCUAGACGACUGGUACGACGGCGUCGAAACCACCGUCGUGGCGCCUUCCUUUAACGACUCCCGUCGAAGCACGACCAACGAGUAUGCCGCGCUCCGUCGUCGCUUGUCAAUGCGUCAGCAGUCGAUACGUCAGCAGUCGACACGUCAGCAGUCCCCACAUCAGCAACAAACCUCAAGGAGUCGCGCGGCGCUUGCCUCCUCGUUGCGCCCUUCCGCGAGCACAGGCGGAGAGAGGCCUGCAGGCGGAGAGAGGCCUGCAGUCGAAAGCUCCAGAUUCGUUAGUACAAUCCCGCGUUUCGUUAGUAGCGCGUCCGCCGCUGCGCAAUUGCUCUAUCACGUGGGCUCUAUCGACGAAGGCGCAGAAUGGGAGGCGGACGACGCCGAGGGGAAAGAGCCACCGCGCGGGGUAGCUAUUGGGGAAAGCGGAGAGGAUGGGGGGAACAGAGGAUGGGGGGAACCCAGCGGGGAAGAAGCAUUCACGCGGGAGGGCGGCGGCGGGGCUGCGUCAGGGGGAAGCAGAGAAGGGGAGGAUCGAGCAGGCGGCGGGCGGAGGAUCGGACGGGCGAAGCUCGGGAGAACGAGCUUCGCUGCUGGCACGUGGCACGUCGGCGUCGACGACGACGACGACGACGACGGCGAGGAGGAUAGGAACGAGGACGCGACACAGCGCCGGGACUACGGUGGUGGUAGUGAGAAUACCAAUGCACCACCGUUCGUCGGGGGGCGCAGCAGGGUCUCCUUCGGGCCUAACGCGUGGCACGCGGCUGCCACUGGUUCCGACGUCUCUGCCGCUUCAGCCCCCAGCCACGAGGAUCCCCGCAGCUCUGGGGACGAUUCCAAUGACUCGGACGAGCCGAACGAGUCGGACGAGCUCUCCUCAGCGUCGUUCUACAGCGAGCUGUUCGGCAUUGGAGAGGCGCCGCUGAUCAACCUCAUUCGGCGCUACCACGACGCCCUGCGGGCCCACGGGCUGGAGGGCGAGGCACGGCAGAUCGCUGCGUCCGCCGCUGCCAGGCUGGUUAGUAUAAAGAGCAUGGCGCCCGCCGGGCGGGGGAGGUGGGAUGAGGAGGACGACGAGGAGGGAGGCGUGGAAGGGGGACGAGGUGGAGGAGGAGGAGGAGGGGGUUUUCCAGGGGCGGGUGGAGGGAUGAGGGGCAGAGGGGGAGCGGGAGGCGGUGCAGGGCUGCGGCCCAUGGAGUCGAUGAGGAGCGAGGUGAUGGUGCGGGAGGGGCUGCAGAGGUACCUCAUUGCCAUGCAGCCGCACCUGCUGUGCGCGCAGCCGCAGGUGGUGGCAUUCAGCCACGUGGCAGUGACGAAGAAGGUGGAGGUCAUCCCGGAUCAAAUCAAGAACUGCCUCAACGCGCCGUAUUUCAAGCUCAAGUCCAUCGCGGGGUGGCAGAAGAAGGAGACCGUUCAAGUGCUCAAUGAUGUCUCGGGCUUCCUCAUGCCAGGGACUCUCACUCUGCUCCUCGGAACCUCGGGCAGUGGCAAGUCAACCCUCAUCCGCCUUUUAGCCGGCCGGCAGCCCCCCACUGCCGGCGCCGUCACCUUCAACGCCCUCCCCGUAACCCCCUCGCGCGCGCACCGCCUAGCUGGAGUCGGCUUCGAGGCGGACUGCCACCUGCCGGCGCUGUCGGUGCACGAGACGCUGUCGUUUGCGCGGCAGUGCUCGUACCCGCUGUCAGUGCAGCAGCUGCUGCAGCACCCCAUGCUGGGCAAGGCGCUGAGGGCCAGCAUUGAGCGCGGCGAGGACCCCCUCGUGGCGUCCAGGGAAGCCAUGUUUGGACUCACCAGGCGCGCUGGAGAGCGAGUGGGGUCGGGGGGGCUCUCCCGGGACGAGGUGCACCGGCUGACUGCGGCUGAGCUCAUGGUUGGGGCGUACCCGGUGCUGCUGUUUGACCGCAUCAGCCAGGUGUACGACGGGCCGUCCACCCACAAGACUCUCACCAUGCUGCGCACCCACGCCCAGGUGCGGCAGCACGCGGUGCUGUGCUCGCUGCAGUGGCCCACGCAGGCUGUCUUCUCCCUCUUUGACCGGGUCAUUGUGCUCAACGAGGGCCAAAUCGUCUUCCAGGGGCCCUGCCAUGUGUCUCUCAGGCACUUUCAGCAAUUGGGCUACCUGAAGCCGCUGCACAUGUCGGUGCCGGAGUACCUGCAGCAUGUCACCACGGAGGGCGGGGGGACCCUCCGAUUGGGCAAGAAGAAGCUGCUACUGGACGGAUUCGUGCGGGAAUACGAGAAGUCGCCUCAUUACAAGAACAUUCUUCGUGUCAUAAGCCACCCCACGCCUCUUCUCCUCCUCUGGAUUUCGGGGCCGGCAUGCCAUGUCCUUUCUCGCGUCCGCUGUGCCCUUGCUGACGUGGCACCCGAUGCAACGCCAGCUGCAGAUCCAAGCGCUUCAGACGCUGCCACGUCAGCAUCGGAUGGCGAGAGGUCGAAGCGGGAGGAUCACCCAAACGCUGCAGCAGCAGUAGCCAAUGGAGCAGCGGAGAGCAAAGGAGAAGCAACGCCAACCCCCUACCAAGCAGUGGUGGUCACAGAGGCGCGGAUCUUCUUUGAGGGGGCCGGGGGGGGAGGGCAUCUGAAGGAGGGCGUGGAGGCAACAGGGCCGGUGUGUGUGGGGGAUGUGGUGGUGGCUGUGACGGUGGGGGAGAGGGGUGAGAUGGAGUAUGCGAGCUAUGCGGGGGGGGACGUGCCGGGGGACGAGCUCAUGGGCAUGCUGGAGGAGCUCAGGGACAGCAGCGCCUGGCUGCACCUCGAGCUGCAGCGCCCGCUCACUAUAGUCACACAGGCAAAUGACACCUCACAGAAAGCAACCGCACAAGACGCCACAACCCAAGACGCCACCGCCCAAGACGCCACCGCCCAAGAGGCCUCCUCCAGCACGGAAACCGCGCAGCUGAUAGCUCCCCCACAACCAGCCGACGAUGACGUGGAUGUCCAUGUGGAAGCACCAGCACCCACAGCUGGUGCGCGCACGUGUACCACCAGUGCCGCAGGUGUGGGCGGGAUCGCGGAAGCUGCUGCCCAUGGUAACGGCGAGGAGGGCAGCGGGGCUCUGGCCGAGCGUGCUAACGACGAUGAAAGGCGAGGUCUAGUGGCCUGUGAUGCAGGGGCAGGGCUCUUCCCCGGGAGUUCAGGUCUCCCUGGGUCAGGCCCUGAUGGCGAGGCAGAGGGAGAGGGCGCAGCAGCAGCGAGCGGAAAGCGGCGCAAGCCUCUUCGCAUUAAAUCCCUCCCCAAAGCCUUCCCCCGCGCCAUCACCUCGGCCUUCAAGAACCUCAGCUUCGGGGCGCUGAGAGGCAAGAGCAGCAAGGCGUUCCUGCAGCUCCCACGCAUGGGCAUUGGGGCACUUAAAGCCAUGAACCUGUCGGCUGCGGCGGCGGCGUCGAGGGCAGCAGCCAUGGCGGGGCUGUGGGGGGGCGCGAAUAGGGAGCUGCUGAGCAAGGAGCUCAUUCUGGAGCCGUGGCCCGAGUUCAAGCUGCUGCUGCAGCGGCAGCUGAGAGUGAAUAUGAGGAAUCGCAGCUUCAUUGCUGCGCGCCUGCUGCUGGUCACUCUCUUGGGCCUAUUCGUGGGUUUCGACUUCUACCAGCUCCCAGCAGACCCCCCGUCCUUCGCGCACCUGAAUCUGCGGCGCGGCGUGAUGCAGAUCUCGCUGAUCACCAUGACCGUCAACAACGUCAGCCUGCUGCCGGGCUACAUGCUGGAGCGCCAGGUCUACUUCAAGCACCGCAGCGCACGCUUCUUCCGCACGCGCUCAUAUGUGCUCGCACAGCUCAUCGCCGGCUUGCCACUAUCUAUAGUCGAGGCGACCAUCUGGUCGGUGCUGGUGUAUUUCCUCUCGGGCCUGAACCUCUCUGACUACGGAGCGCACUUCUUCAUCUUCCUCGCUGUGCUCGCCCUCGUCGCCAUCCACGGUGCCGCCAUGAUCCGAUUCAUCUCCUUCGCCGCUCGCUCGCUGCGCUCCGCCGCCUUUGCCGCCGCCCUCUUCAUGGGCCCCGGCAUGUUCCUCUUCGGCCACAUCCUCGUAGCGAAAGCGCUUAUACCGAGCUUCUGGAUCUGGCUAUACUGGAUCAACCCCAUGCAGUGGGCGUCGACGGUGCUAGCGAUCAACGAGCAGCGGCAAUACGCCCCUGUGAAGUUCUGCCCGGACCAGGUCCCUGCUACCAUGCCGUACUGUGUGGGGAGGGGGGGAUGGCCGCUCGGUAGAGCGUACAUGGAAGAGUACAGCUGGAACUACGAGUGGGGGUACAUGAUUGCCGGGCCGUUCGUGAUUCUCGCGUGGAUUGGGAUGUGGACUGUGGGCACUUUCCUGAGCAUGCGCCCCAGCCACUACAAGGGCUUUGCGCCCCCUGUGAGGGUGCUGAGUGAGAGCAAGCAAGGCGUGAGGCGGGUGAUUGGCAGGGAGGGUGGUGAAGAGAAGGACGAAGGGGCGGAAGGAGCAGUAAGGGGAAGAGGAGGGGGCAGGGGAGGGGCCAACGGAGGGAAGGUUUCAAAGGGGACAGGAAUGGCUGCUGCUGUAGCGAGGGUAGGGGGGGCAGCAGCAGGGGCAGCAGGAACAGCAGGAGCAGCAGGAGCGGCAGCAGUGGCAGCAGCAGGGAGGGCAGCAGGGGUGGUGACAGGGGCCACAGCUCAGGUGGCGUCGGUGGCAGGAGGAGCCAUAGCCGCCGCAGGGGGAGUGGUGGCCGCAGCAGGAGCAGCAGCAGUGACGGCUGCCAGGCAGGGGAUGGCUGGUGGCAAGGAGAAAGCUUCGGAAGGCGGGGAUGGCCGUUUUGAUAAGGCGUGCGAAGGAGCGCUGACAGGAGCACAGGCAGGAGCAGGAGGGAUGGAGAGCGGCACAGAUCUGGAGUGGGGGCCUGUGGGUGGCAUGGGUGGUGGCGGCUUCUCAAGCUAUGCUGCAGCAGAAGAGGAGCAGGCAGCUUCACAAGCUGCAGCAGCAGCAGCAGAGGCAGCGGUGAUAGAGUCCAACAUUCCCUUCACCCCGUACCUCAUCACCUUUGAGGGCCUCUCCUGCACGGUGCCGCUGCCCAGCCAAUCAGAGAGCACGUGGAUGACCUCUCUGGGCAGCAGCAGUGGCCCUGGGGGCGGCAGCGGUGCGGCGAGGAGGAGUGAGCUGAGUCGCAGCCUGGUGCGCGGCGUGACAGGAUGGGUGAAGCCGGGGGAGAUCACGGCUAUCGCGGGGGGCAGGGGCACCGGCAAGACAACGCUGCUCAACUGCAUCGCAGGUCGCAAGGUGCCCGGCCACCUAUCCGGGCGCCUGCUGGUGAACGGUGAGCCGAGGGACGCGCCGUCCUUCCUGCGCAGCACAGCGUACAUCCAGGGCGCGGACCUCUACUACCCCCUGCUCACGCUGCGCGAGGGCCUGCUGUACCGCACCGCGCUCACACUGCCUGAGCAAGUGGACGGCACGCGGCGCCGCGCGUUUGUGGCUCAGAUCCUGGAGCUGAUGGAGUUCAGAGGGGGCGUGGCGGAUUGCUUGGUGCAGGAUAUUCUGGCGGAUAGUGUGGGGUCGGCGUAUGUGGAGAAGCGCAUUGUGUUUGCGAUGGAGAUGGCGGGGAAUCCGAGUGUGAUCUUCUUUGACGCGCCGUUUCUCAGGAUGGACACCACUGAGGUCGCCAAGUUCUCCGGCAUGCUCAAGCAUGUGGCGGGCGUGUGGGGGCGGGCGAUGGUGGUGGUGUCGAACGCGGUUACCGCGUUCCAUCUGAACGCCUUCCACUCGCUGCUCAUGCUGGGCAGCGGCGGCGAGAUGGUCUACUUCGGCCCCGCGGGGAGAAACGGCCACGCGCUCGUGUGCUGUGGAGUAUUUCCUGCCAUCCCCGGCACCCCCCCGGUGCCCCCAGACACGAACCCAAUCAUCUUCAUUGAGAAUCUGCUGGGCGACGCCCGUCACCAGCGCGCCACGGCCUGCGACUACGCGGUGGAGUACCGAGUCAGCGACCUCGCCAUGCUCAACGCGCACCGCCUCUCCGCCCUCCGCCGAGGGGGCGCUGCCGCUGCUGCUGCUUUUGCUGCCAGGGCUGCUGCUGCUAACUUGGAGGCUGCGAAAGUGGUUGCUGGCAGUGAUGCUGCUGCUGGUGCUGGAGGUGCUGGUGGUGGUGGGAGGGGGAUGGGGGGAGUGGGAGCAGGGAGAGGAGGUGAUAUGGUUGACGAGAGUGGUGCUGCUGGCAUGGCAGUGGUGGCGUCUGAGUCAGCGUGGUCCCUGCAAGCCCUGGAGCAGGAGGAGGCCAUAGCGGCGGAGGGGGCGGACGCGGUGGCAGGGGAGAUCGAGGAUGAAGAGGCCAUCAUUGCUCUCAGCGGUGCCUCGGGGGAGAAAGAGGGAGACGGCGAAGUGUGUGGAAGGGAGGUUGGAUGCCAAGGAAUGCUGAGGCACAGAGGAGCCUCUGCUGCAGCGGUAGCUGCCGCGGCAGCAGACGCGGCAGCAGUUGAAUGGCAGCAGCAAGGGGAGGACGGCUCAUCAGACCACCCCUCCACCCUCCACCACUCCACGUCCCUCCAGCCCCUGCUCACACGCUCCCCAGCUCUCUCCUCUUCCACUCCCCCCAGCUCUUUUCGCAAGAUCCUGGCCGUUCAUUACACGAUCCACCUCUUCUACUGGCGCAACACGUCGCACUCACUCAACCGGAUCGUCCAAUCCGCCAUCCUGGGCCUCCUCAUCGGCUCGCUCUUCUUCCAGUACUCCGUGCACAAUCUGCUGGCGGCCACCACGGCGCAGGCGUUCCCCUUCGCCGUGCUGGCGUUUGGCACGACGUGCCAUGGAGGCACGGCGGUGGGGCUGGUGAAUCAGACCAAGAAGGUGUUUGCACAGGAGCGGGUGUACAACCAGAACUUCGCUCUGCUCUACACGCUCGCGUAUACUCUGGUUGAGAUCCCCUACCUUCUCCUCACCUCUCUCGCGCUGGUCAGCGUGGCAGCGCCGCUGGCCGGGCUGGCGGUGGGCAGCGCGGGCACCUUCUUCUCCUUCGGCCUCACGCAGUUCCUCGCCGCCCUCGCUGUCACCUACUUUGGCUUCCUGCUCUCCGUCCUGCUGCCCCAACCCAAGUAUGCAGCAGUGGUGAUUUCAUUCCUCAUCACAGCAUGGGUGGCCACGUGCGGCUUCUUCCUGCCCUUCGCCUUCACCAAGAACUUCUUCCUCGCAGUGUACUGGACCAACCCCAUUCAGUACGCCCUCAAUGGGCUAACAGCAGCGGCAUACUACUGCAACACAGCAGCACCAGAGUGCUCCCUCCCAGGCUGCCCCAGCGCCGCCGCUAUCUGCGCCAGCUGCCCCUGCAAGUGGUACCUCAACCCUGUCAAGGGCCCCGAGUACCUCUGGGAUUUUCUCGUUGCCACCAAGUCCGCGCGCUCUGCAGUGUACUGGGACUGGCUCUUCCUGCUCUGCUUCUGCCUCGUGUGCCGCGUCGCUGCCUUUGCGGCUCUCCGUUUUCUCCGUCACAACCGCCACGCCUGAGGAGUACCUCCGCUUAACUAUUUGAAACGGCCCUGUAACUAGUACCUCAAGGCUCCACCCGUGAAAGGCCAUGACCGCGACCACGACCGCGACCCCAAAUACCUCUCAGCCUGGGACUUUCUAGUUGACACCAAGUCAGCGCGCAGCGCAGUGUACUGGACUGGCUCUUCCUGCUCUGCCCCGUUGCUGCCUCUACUUCUUUCCGCUUCCUGCGACGCAAGCGCCACGACUAACCAGUGCCUGUGCAAGGAGCUCUGGUGGGGGCUCCCUUCGAAGGCCCGCCUUCCAAUCUUGGCAGAGCAGGGUCCUCGACAUUAGACAAAAUCCGUGUGUUUGUCUGAUUUUCAGACUCUUUUUUAGGCGUUCAUCUGAUUUUUUAGAAACCCAAUUAUUGAAUUUCUGAUGCCCUAGAAAGUGAUUUUGUAUCCUUCUGGUAUUUCAGAAUGGGUGUACGCGUCCUUCUGGUAUUGCAG